ACGACGACCCGCGGGCAUCCACCAACCCAGAACUGCAACCUAUUCGUGACUGAUCCUCCGCUCGUCGAUUGUUAAACACGGCGUAUUUGUCCCCUGCAAACAGCUGUGUCCCCCCGGGGCCGCAGCUUGACCGGUCUGCGACCGUGGGGCGGGCGCGGCGGAGCUGUUCCAGAAGGGACGGAACAUGCAGUUGGAUGACAAGAUAUCAACAGUUCAGCGGACUCUGGUGGCUUCUGACGACGACUGCGGUUGCCUAUCAUGACUCAUUGCGUCCUGGCUCCGCCAGUGCGUCGUGCAAAACGGCAGCCUCUUUCCUCACCAACUCGCUCCCAGCUCGGCCCAAAGCGUGUUGGCUUGCAUGGAGGUAUCGAACGCACGUUGACCAUCUACCUCACUUCUCGGGCCGUGGCGGCCAAUGUUCCAACUCGGCAAGGUUUGAUCAAUGCAAUCGCCCAAGCCCUCGUCAACUCGCGAGAGCCGAUACUCGUCGUGGCUUGGUCACAGGCCGUCUUCUUGCGGUACCCAGGGCCGUGGAGCCCGAAGCCACGGAGGCAUUACCGACGCCGCCUUACAGACUUUUAGCUACUAUGUAGGCGGAGGGUCUGAAACUUUCUCGCCUCAUAGGACGCUAUCAUGGUACAUACGCGGGAGCCGUGAACUGCGCCAUUUGUUCGGGACACGCAUCCCAGCGGCUUAAGCUC